AUGAACAUCUUCCGACUCUGCGGCGACAUGCUGCACCUGCUGAGCAUCUUGAUGCUCAUCUACAAGCUGCGCAGCUCUCGCAACUGCUCCGGCAUCUCGUCGAAGAUGCAGGAGCUCUACGCGCUGGUCUUCUUGACGCGCUACGUCGACCUGCUCUACUACCACAUCUCGUUCUACAACACAGUGAUGAAGCUCACCUUCAUCGGCACGAGUCUGUACAUCGUGUACUUGCUGCGGCUGCAGCAGCCGAUCAGCAAGACGUACGACGCGCAGGCGGAUGACUUCCCGUACGCGCGCUUCCUGAUCGCGCCGGCGGCGGCGCUCGCGCUGCUGCCCUUCGGCCGCUACCGCGCGCACACGCUGCUCUGGCGCUUUUCCAUUCUGCUGGAGGCGGUCGCGAUCCUGCCGCAGCUGCGGCUGCUGCAGCGCUACCGCGUGGUCGAGAACCUGACCUCGCACUACGUGGCGACGAUGGGGCUGUACCGGCUGCUGUAUAUACUCAACUGGGUGUACAGGUACAAGUACGAAGGCUUCGUGAACUACUUCGGAGUCGUGGGCGGCGUCGUGCAGGUAGCGCUGUACCUGGACUUUUUUUACUAUUACUUCCAGGCGCGCAUCAACGGCGUGAAGCUGAUUCUGCCCUACGCGAACCACGUGUAA